UUGAAAACUAAAUUUUGGAAAAUUGUGAGUGAAAUUAGGAUUUAAUGGUGCAUCUUGUGUGUAGUAUCAUUAAUUUGAACAUCUCCCAUCUGAUUGACAACUUGGUUGUUAGAUGUACCUCCGUCUUGGUAAGAAGAAGAGUUUGUGUUAGCAUCUUGGAUUGCUUCAACUUGUUGUGUCUCUUGAGGUUGGAAAUAUUGCUCUUGUUGCACUUGUCCCUGAAUCUGGUUUUGAAUUUUUGCUUCUUCCUUCUUUUUUUCUAGCAUCUUCAGGGAUUUUUAUGCCAAGACUUCUGCGGUAAUCAUCAAAGAUUUUUUUGGUUUUCUGAUGCUCUUCUCUAUAGGGUUUCUUGGCAUCUUCGCUCAUGUUUUUCCACAUUUGGCCUAUGAUCUUUGCUACUUCUCCAACAGUCUUGCCUGGGUGUUGCUUCUUAAGAAGAGGCAUUGUUUUCUUGUUAAACAACAUGUAACAACUAACUGGCUUUUUGAUAUCAUCUGGUAAUUCUAUUUGAGCCUUCUUGUCUCUCCUCCUUCUCUGAGGCUUUUGGUUUGAGAUAUCAGCCAACUGGGUCGGCUGGAACUGACCGAUUCCUGAUUCUGAAACUGUCUGUUGGAUAUAGUUUGUGAUGUCUCUCAUUUGGUCUUGAGAUGGGAUUAAGAUUGCCUUUGAUCCUCCAGCUUUGAAUCUGUCAAAAGUUUGUUUAAGGUCUGUAAAGAAAACUUGAGCUUUCUUAACUGCAGUUCUUACUAAAAUUAGUUCUUC